CCGGGGAUAGAAGCCAGAGCUUCUUGGAUGCUAGGAGAUAUAUAUAUAUAUAUCUGUAAAACUAAACUAUAACCCCCGAUUUUUAGUUUUGAGACAGGGUCUUCACACAUUGCCCAGGCUGGCCUUGAGAUCCUCCUGCCUGAGAUGACAGGCUUUAGCUACCAGGUGCUUGGACAAUGGGAUGGGCCCUCAUGCUCAGAUACAUGGGUCCCUGAAGGUGACAGGAGGUGAUAUUGGGAAGUUUAGGGCAUCCUGCUGGGGAGGAAAGAGUUAAAAGUGCUGUACCUCAGCAAGGCGUCAGGUUUCUUGGGUCCAGGUUCCUCCUGGAAGGGGUGGAGCUAGGCUGGCCCCUGGGCCUCUCAGUAGCCUCAGGCUUGGCUAAAUCCUGCUGAGGAAGCAUGGGGAACUGACUCUGACUGGACAUCCUCACCUGACUGUCCCCAAGUCCACAGCCAUGGCCCUGUCCCCAUCUCUUGGCCAUGGAUUCCCCUCGGAGCCCCUCAACCAAUCCCUGGGUGCUCCUAGGGAGCCGGACAUUACUGGAUGCACCAUCGGCCUUGUGCCUGAAGAGACUAGCAGGCCAGAGCAGGCUCAGGCCUCCUUGGGCCCUCCUGAGCACAUCACAGGUGAACUGAAGGACACUGAGCCUGCCACCGGGCCCCCAAGACUACCUCUGGCCUCUUCCCAUGAGCAUCAAGAUGGGGGCAAGCCCUGUGAGCAUGCUGUUUCUGGCCUGGAAGUCCUAGAAAUUGAGCAGGACAGUCUACGUCUUUGUCUGUUGGGGUUGAGCUUCCAGCUACAGGACCUGGAACAAGGCCUUGGAUCUUGGACACUGGCCCACAGCAGGAUUGUCCAGCUGCAGGCCCUACAGGCAGAGCUACGAGGGGCAGCUGAGCGUGUGGAUGCAUUGCUGGCAUUUGGUGAGGGGUUGGCAGAGACGAGUGAGCCCAGGAUCUGGGCCCCUUUGGAGCGGGUCCUGAGGGCCCUUGGAACCCACCGAGACACCAUCUUCCAACGGCUCUGGCAGCUGCAGGCCCAGCUGAUCAGCUAUAGCCUGGUGCUUGAGAAGGCCAACCUCCUGGACUGGAACUUGGAAGUUGAGGGAGACUCAGCCGGGCCAGCACCUGGUGGAAUCUGGGGGCCCUGGGCACCAAGUACCCUCCCUACUCCUGCAGAGUUGGAAUGGGACCCAGCAGGGGAUGUUGGGGGUCUUGGGCCCUCAGGGCAAAAGACAUCUCGGGUACCAGGAGCUCCCUGUGAGCUGUGUGGCUACAGGGGACCCCAGGGCAGCGGACAGGGCCUUGAGGACCUGCUCACGUUGGGGCUCAGCCACAGGAAACACUUAGCAGCUCAUCAUCGAAGGCGUCUCCGGAAGCCUCAGGACAAGAAGAGACAGUCGCCUCCCAGCCCAUCGGAUGUGAUGCUGGAGGUGGACCACGGGAUUGCCCCUGCUUCUGCAUCCAGGUGGCCCCUGACCCUCUUCUUUCUGAUUCUCUUCUUCCUUCUUCUGGGUGCCGCGUUGCUGCCCUUGGCAGGGGUCCCCUGCUGUCCUCAUGCCCGACUGGCCGGGACACCCUACCUGGUGCUCAGCUAUGUUAACGGUCUCCCCCCAAUCUGAGUCCACAGCCCAGACAUCUGUAUUAAA